UUGACCAAAGGUCAAGUGAUAAAAUCAAGCGCCAGUGUCCAUGGAUUCGAAGCAAGCAAUUUACAGUAUAUUUCCGAGCAUACCACAAUCACAGUCCCACGAGUCCAUGAAACCCAACGAGAUGAAAACGGGAUGGCGAAAGCCAUUUUUAUGGACCUCAUACCAGGAACACGACUGGACAAGGCCUGGCCUAGCAUGACCGAUCAACAGAAAACAGCACUAGCUCAAGAGCUUCAUGGCUAAAUCCAGCAACUGCGCGGCUUGGAAUGCGACUCUAUUGGUGCUCCAGAUCGUGGAAAGGCAGUGGUAGGGAAAUAUGUCCUCCACUUGGACGGACCGCCAGUUCAAUCAAUUUCUACUCCCAACAAUUUUCAAUACAGCCCCAGAUUCUCUCUGUUACUUUGCAACUUCAUCUUUCAAGGAAGAUCAUGAGAUGGUUUUUGCGCAUAGUUAUCUGGCGCCGAGGAAUAUACUAGUUACUGAAGAUGGUCAUGCCACGGCGGUUCUGGAUUGGGAGAAUACUAGCUGGUACCUUAGGUAUCGGGAGUAUGUGGGAGCGUACAGUGAGUGAAAUGCUCUUCCGGGCUGAUCUCGUUAUCUCUCGAUUAUUCUUCUGCUGCAGUAGGGGCUGAGGUAAGAAAUAGUUGAUGUACGAUUGUGUGAUGAAGCUAUCUAGAGAUCUAUUAGUCGGAAGAAGAAUUUUUGAGCAAUAUGUACAAGUUGAGCAAAUUGAAGGAUAACUAAUCAAUCAUGACGCCUCCAAGGAGCUUCCUUAUCCAAU